AAAUAUUUUAUGUAACCCACUGAGUUUAAACAAUUUGACUUAUACAUUAAAGCAACUCCUUCAUUUAAAAGCAAAAAUGAGAACAUGAGAAGACUUGAUUACCUUUCAAAUUAAAUUAUUUACAAAAUAAUAUAUGUCAUGUCAUAAUUUGCAUAAUUAAAACAGGGGACACUUCUUGUAAAUGUGGUAAUACCAAAAUGGCUAUUAAAUCUCAGGUGAACGUGUGGUCAAGCUGUGGUUUUGUUUACUUAUGGAUGAGUUAAGUGAUCCAAUGGGUCAAUCCUGUCACGUAUUCCCUGUUUUUGUGCUUAGACUUUUAUUUUGAAAUUCUUGUUUAGUUCCCCUUUCCUGUUAAUUUUGUAGUCCUUUGUAGUUUCCCUUCAUGAUUGGUUUUCCCUUGAUUGUUUUACCCAGGUGUUCCUCCUUCCCUCGUUUGCCCUUGUGUAUUUAAGCCCUUGUUUCCCCUGGUUUCUUUGUCAGUCUUCAUAUGUGUCAUGUUCUGUGUCUAGUUCACUGUGUUUUGUUUCCUUUUAUUCUGAGUUACCUUGUUCAUCUUUGUUUUAUUAAAAGCUGCGUUUAGCUCCUCAUUGUGGUCUGCCUCAUCACAAAUCCACAGGGAUCAAAGCGAGCCUCUUAGCCAGGGCACGGCCUCUACCAUCUAAAAGGAAUCAUCACAAACUGCCAUGAGCUCCAGGAAAACGGAGAUACAGGGCAGUGAUCUAACCUACUGUAAAACAAAGCCAACAGGCUAAUGUCUCAUUAAACUGAUGCUGUCUAAAACAUCAUAACCUAUUAUUUUGCCAGCACUGAGCCAGGUAGAAAAAUCAUAGCAAGUGGCAUUUGAAGGAAAAAAAAACGAGAUAGCACAAUCACACUUUUUAAGCAAAUCUUGUCAUGAAAUGUUAUUGGAACAUGUCCAUAGUUAUUGAACUACACCUGUUGUUACUCUGCUAGGAUUACUUUAUACCUUGAGUAAAAAUCAAUGAGACCGGUUAGUAAUUAAUUAGUAAUUAAUCAAAUGGAUUUUAUUGGUGUGUUGAUAUUUUGAAAUCAAAUGCAAUGGUUCAUACAUCUUUAAUUGUGGCCUAAUUGUUCAAAUACUUUUUGGGGCCUGUGUAGAUGGCAGUUUUUUCACACUGUUGCAUACAAAGAAUAAAAGCGGACUCCAAAUGGAAUUUGGGGGGUCUUCUGCCCGAAGAGAAGCCAGAGCUCCAGCGGUUUUUGGAGCAGAGGAGACUGGAGCAGCACAGAGAGAGAGAACAAGCCUUAAAACCACUGUCUGAUCUGGAGCAAGAGCUGUGCAAGAGACGCCAGAAACUUAUGGCGUACGAGCAGGAAGAGCUGAGACGCAGGGAGGAUCUGGAGAAAAUGCCAGAGCUUGUGCGAAUGAGGAACAACCUGAGACACAUCUCCAUCUCAGGCUGUUAAACAAACUACAAUCAAGAGCAACUACAGCAAUCUACAUCAAGACGACAAGAGAUCAAUAAUUCCUCCCAGUACCUCCACUUUUUGGUUUCCUCAAACUGUAGUUUUGCAAAUAAAUAUAUUUUAUAACACUUCAACAGCACAACAAACUAGUUCUUUCAGAGGGAAUUAUGGAAGCAGAGGAAAAGUCUCUGUAACAUUUGUAAGAUUUGCUGUAAUUUUUCUACUGUUCUUUAAUAUGAAAAUAACCUUGGUUUCAACUGGAGUUGAUAUGAAACCCCUUGACUUUGAAAUUUUGCAAUCAAAAUACUUUCAUUCUUUCAGCGAAUUAAAGGGAUAGUUCACCCAAACAUUUAAAUUCUCCCAUCAUUCACACUCAUGCCAUCCCAGAUGUGUAUGACUUACUUUCUUCAGUUGAACACAAAGAUUUAAAAAAAACAUUUCAGCUCUGAAAGUCCAUACAAUGCAAGUGAAUGGUGGUUUAAUACACAGUAUGUCUUGUGAAAGGAUGCAAUCGCUUUGGGUGAGAAACAGACCAAUAUUUAUAUCCUUUUUACUACUGACCUCCACUUACACUUUCAGAAUGUAAAAUUGGAGAUUUACAGUAAGAAAUGACUUAAAUAUUGAUCUGUUUUCCACCUAUCACAUCGCUUCUGAAGAUAUGGAUUUAACCACUGGAGUCGUAUGGAUUACUUUUAUGCUGCCUUAAUGUAAUUUUGGACCUUCAAAGUUCUGGUCACCAUUCACUUGCAUUGUAUGGACCUACAGAGCGGAGAUAUUCUUCUAAAAAUCUUCGUUUGUGUUCAGCAGAAGAAAGUCAUACACAUCUGGAAUGACAUGAGGGCGAGUAAAUGAUGUGAGAUUUUAAAUUUUUGGGUGAACAAUCCCUUUAAUAAUUCACCAAAGUGGACAGAUGCAAUGUAAAAACAAAAACAACAAAAAAAGAAACAUUUAAUAAUAUUUUCAAGGUACAUCAUUUUACAACAGCUGAACACAUAAAACAGAAAUACAGUCAUAAAGCCUCAUGGACAAGUAUACAUUAUCAAAGUCCUCAAGUCAUGGUUACUGUAUGGCAAAUGUGUGAGCUUGCAAACUCUGGCUUUCAAUCCUAAAGGAUAACAUUGUUUGUGGUUCAUCAGAAUACUCAUUUAUCAGAAUCAUUUAUCUUCAAGUUUUUUUUUUUCUUUU